AUGAAACCGCACUCUGCACCCCUCCCACCACUCACUCCGCUGGCAUCUAACCACAUAUACGCCCGGAUAGCUAGAACACUCGACAAGCGCCUCGACCGGCUUUGCAAAGACCAUGGCAUCAAGAAAUGCCGUCACCGGGGACUGUACUGGGUGGGCGGCAAGUCCUGGCUCGAACACCCAGAUCGUGAUAACACGCUCCUUCUUGUCGUCGAGAUGACGGCAAAGGAUGCGAAGAAGGGAAAGUGGAGGCUGAUCGGUGCUGGGGUGAGGGAGAUGCUUGCUGGUAAGGAGUUGUUUCCCAACAAGCUCCAUGGCAUUUGCGUGCGGAAUUAUGUUGAGACGAAAGAGGAACUUCCGGAGCCGCUGUUCCAGGACGUCAACGUCCCGGUCAUCGAAGGGGUAGAAGUGGAUCCGGGUGCUGUAGUCGACAUGCAUGCCACCUCUCGAGCGCUCGAGGCCGACCGUCGGCGACUUACGGCUGUGAAGACCUCCCACGCCGGUCUCGUUGCCUGGACUCCUUAUGCCGCUUAG